CCUCCGCAGCCUAUCGUUGCAGGUGCUCAACCCGCGGCCGGCCACCCUCAGUCGCCCGUGACCACGUUUUCCUCCUCCGCUGCUAGCCCGUCCGCUCCGCAGUCUCCCAACUACCAAAUCAUCAUGAGUCGUAGCCCGGUCACUGGGCAGAACAUGAACAUCACCCUACAGAACGUGGGGCAGAUGGUGACGGGAAACCAGCAGAUCACUCUGACCCCGCUCCCUCUCCAGAAUCCCGCGUCUCCGGGCUUCCAGCACGCCGCCCCCCAGUGGAGGUUCGAGCACGCCUCGUCGUCGUACAUCCAGGUCACGUCGCCUGUCCCGCAACCGAUGCAACCCCAGAGUCCCACCCAACACAGCCCGGUGCCGCUGCAGGGCGUCACCAGACCAGGGGCCCCCGCGGCGGCCGCGCUGGGCGUGUGCGGACAGAGUCCGACGCGCUUCGUCGAGGCCGGCAUGCUGGUGCACCAGAUCAGUUUGAGCAGUCCGUCCGGAAGCAGUCACUUCGUGUACCAGGACGGGUCCGGACUGGCCAAGAUCACGCCCGCUGCGUCGGGCCAGGUGCAGAUCGCCGCCGCGGGAGCUCCCGGCUCGGUGAGGGAGCGACGUCUCUCCCAGCCUCAUUCGCAGACGGGGGGUACCAUCCACCAUCUUGGGCCCCAAAGUCCCGCGGCCGCCGGCGCCCCUCUGGCCACCCUGGGCAGCCCCGGCCACAUCACCACGUCCAACCUACCUCCGCAGAUAAGCAGCAUCAUUCAAGGGCAGCUAGCCCGCCCCGUGAUGUUUGACAAGACGCAGCAG